AUGGAUAGAGAUAGAAUUGACCUUAAGGAAUUUGAGAAGAUAUUGCGUGUUAAGUUGCAUCUUGAUGAAACAGAAAUUCCAAAUUUAUAUUGGACCAUAGACCCAUGUCUGCCUGAGUAUUUGGUUACAAAUGAAGACUUGUUUAAGUUUUGGGAGCAUGCUGUACCUGAUGAUAAAGGCUUCAUAUGUUUACAAAUGAGUGUAAUGAAUUCAGAAUUUAGGAAUGAUAAUGACUUCAUUAAGGCUGCAAUGGAACAACCAGUAGUAACAAUUGAUGAGACUCCUAAGAAGGCGCCUAAGAGGAUUGCUAAGAAGCCAGUUUCAAAGGAAAAGUCAGUAAAGAUAUCACCUACAAGGAGAUCACCAAGGUUGCAUGCUCAAUCAAAGAAUGAAAACUCAAAUGGAGGAGCAUCUAGGAAGUUGUUGUUCAUGGAUCUGUUAAAUGAAGUGGAAUCUCAGGGUUUUUCUUGCCUAAGUCAAGCCACUGUUGUUGGUUCUAGCAGUACACCAGUUGAUAACUUUAAUCAUGAUUACUGGGUUGAUGAAGUAAACAACACUGCUGCAGGGGAUAACACUGCUGCAGGGGAUAACACUGAUAACACUACUGUAGAUGAAUGUCACCCCAUUGAAGACCCAAAUGCUCCACCAAUCUUUGACAGUGAUGAAGAAAAUGAUAUUGAUUAUGAAGAUAUUGUCAAGACAUACAGAGUUGGAGAUGAAAGCAGUGAUUCAAGCAGUAGUGAAGAAGACAAUGAAGAAGUUUCUAAUGAUGACAAGAAUAAUGAUAAGGAUAAUGAUGGUCCUGAAGUAAAUGAUGAUAAAUAUUCCAAACCAAAGCUUGAUUACCAGAAGUGGAAAGAAAUGUUCAAUAUGCACAGUGAUGAAGAAGAAGAACCAUUAUUCCAUGUAGAAGAAGAGGUGACUCCUGUUGAUCCUACUAAGAUGGAGGUAAAGUAUGCUUUUAAUAACAAGAGUGCUUAUAAGAAACAUCUUAGGGGUUACUGUGUAAAACAUAAUUAUCAGUAUACGGUCUAUAAGAGUGACAAAACAAGAUUAAGAGUGAGAUGUAGGUUUAGGGAAGAGUAUGGCUGUAACUGGUUUGUAAAUGCUAGCAUAAAAAGGCAUGAGCCUACUUUUAUUGUUAGGAAGGUUAAUCUAGAACACACUUGUGUUGCGGAUCCAAAGAGUUUUAACAGAUCCGCGGAUCCUGAGUUCGUAAAAGAUGUGGUACAUGAGAAGUUAAAGCAGACAGCUGGGGCCUUAAUUCCAAAGCCUAAACACAUUGCAAGAGACUUUUUUGUAACUCAUAACAUCAAUAUACCUUAUAUUUGUGCAUGGAAGGCUAGAAAUCUUCUUUUAGAAGAUCUGUUUGGUAAUUAUGAAGACAGCUACAAGGAUGUACCCAUCUUUUGUGCAAUGGUGGCUCAUACUAAUCCAGGGUCUGUUGCUAAAUACACUUAUGGGAAAAGAGGUAUACAUUAUGUUAAGACAUUCAUGGUUGAUUCAUAG